GGAGCAGCCAAAAACCCCAACCAACCAAAGAGAGCUCGUGUCACGUUGGAGAGCCAAAAAGAAUGGGUUUGACUUCCAAGAUCACCACCACCAUCGUCUUCACACUCUCACUCCUCUUCACGCUCUCAUCUUCAGAUUCUGUACCCGUUAACCCGAAUCCGAAAGAGCUCCCAUCCUUCAAGGUCCAGCGACCCCAGUUGUUGUCGAGGGGAUGCUCGUAUACAGUGACGAUAAAGACGAGCUGCUCUUCACCGAGAUACACCAGGGAUUAUAUUAGUAUUGCUUUUGGGGAUGUUUAUCGCAACGAGGUAUACGCGGCGAGGCUCGACGAUCCAUCGAGCGGCACAUUCGAGCGAUGCUCGACUGACACAUUCAAGAUUCAGGGGCCAUGCGGGCACGGUGUAUGCUACAUCUACCUCCGCAGGCAGGGAAGGGACGGCUGGAUGCCGGAAUCUGUGACGAUCACCGAAGUCGGCUAUCACAGGACUAAAACAUUCUACUACGGCACGCCUCUCCCGAAUUCGGUCUGGUACGGGUUCAAUAACUGCCACAAAUUCGUCGCUGGCGAUGCCGGAAAUGUGGCUGAGGGUGCCGACGGUGGUCUUAUUUCUCGGAUGCAGAUGUAGAUGGAUAUUGCCGGAGCUUGGGGUUGUGUUGUUAUGUUUUGUUGUUGUGAACUUGUGAUCUGUGAGGUUGUAUCAUGAGUUUAUGUUAUUUUUCCUGUUAGAUUGAGUGUAAUCUAGCAUGUUAUAUUGUUAUUGUUGGAUGUGUAUUAUUAGACUCUAUUUUAAAAAAAUGUAAUUUAGACGAUGUCAUAUAAGUUUGUCGUUAACUAUUGAAGAGUUUGGAGGUGUUUCUGAUUA